GGCUCACAAGUCUCUUUUCACCAGCCAUGAGUAGACAACCCACGUUAGCCGAAAGUGUAGGUAAUAUACCUCCUAUUGCCCGAUUUUUCACCGUGUCCACUUUGUCGGUAUGUAUGCUCAUCUCAUUGGGUAUAAUAGACCCACAGCAGAUGAUUUUCCACCCACUGAUAUACAUUGAAGAAUUCGAGUACACCAAGGCAGUAUUUACAAUGGGAACUUGGACUGAAGCGGUUAAGCUGGUCCUAUUACUUGUGUUUGAAUGCUACAGGUGCUUUACCUCUUUCUUGGUGCCAGCCGGAUUUUUGGACGGGAAUCGAAUGGGCGCUGUGCUUGACAUCUACUUUUUCUAUAAGUUUGCCAACAACGUGGAGAUAGGCAAGUUCAAAGGAAACUUCCCAGAUUGUCUUUGGUUCACGUUGAUUUGUGGAACGUCUAUAUUGACCAUGACGGUGGGAUACUAUUUCUACGACCCAACUCGUAUUACUAGACACCACGAGCUGAUGUUGCUUUGCAUCACCUACAUUUGGGCUCGUGGCCAGAAGAACUCCAUUGUUAAUUUCCUUGGAAUCGUUCCUAUCAAGGCGUACUACCUUCCGAUGUUCACGUUGUUCAUCAAGGCAGUUGUUCACGGUUAUGACGGCUUGGUAGACUCAAGUAUGGGCAUUGCCGGUGGAUAUUUAUACCAGUGUCUCCAAUCAAGUACAGCUCCAAUUUAUAACUUGUUUCCUCAGUUCUACAGAAAGUUCUAUUCGUCGUCUAUCUAUUCCAGAAACAGGGUGGGAACUAACCAAGUAUCGUUGGCAGAUGACUUUAUCAACGACACAGUUUUCGACAGAGGAUACUUACCUGCUCCUUCGUGGGUAUACCUGAUUCUCAAGUAUCCUGUUGACAGAAGUUCUAAAAGAAUCACUGCGUUUGGAAAGCCUAUCGAACCUGUUAGAUCAGACUUGAAGUCAGAAGCCUCGGCUACUACCACAGGCUCCUACUUCAAAGGACGGGGGUUUAGACUAGGGUCGUAAAGAGCCCUGCUGUUUGAAAUACAUUAAAUAUGAUACAUAUUGAACAUUAGGCUGAAUUCUAUGUUUAACAUCAAAAUACCCCUAUCAUUUCACUUGUAAACGCUUUUGGUACAAUUCAAUCUCCGGGCACUUUGGCUCUAUUGUUGGACCCCUUCAGCCAUUUCGCACUCCAACUAAACGAGAAAAGGUACCUGAAAGGAAUUAAAAUAAACUUUUCCAUGCCAGAUACUAUCAACCCAAAGAAACCCCCAGGAGACGUGCUGAACUCUCGGAUUGUUUCUGGGCCCACGUCGGGCAACGCUUCCCCUACGUUGAAACCCAAAGCCUCGUCGAAAUUACGAAAGAAAUCGAGGCCGCAUAUAAAGAGGUUACCUUCAGGUCAUAAUAAACUAGUAUUUUCAGUCGACGAUGACAUCGAUGAUGAUAUAGAUGAUGACAACGACAGUGCCCCACGAAGACAGGCCAAGUUGGAUAAGGAGUAUCUCGAGGGGUACAAUGAUGCUUUGAAAGCAUUAUAUCUCAAGAAGUCCAAGAAGGAACUACCCCAACAAGAAGGUAGCUCUAGCUACUUUCCCGAAACUCCAGAAAUGUCAAAAAUAAACGAGAUCGACUCAAGUAAAUACCCUCCAGCAGAAGGUACUAUACGGGACCAUUUGUUGGCGGCCCAGGAAAAUAUGAAAGCACUAGAAGAUCUUGAUGAGGAUACCCCGUUAAUUGAGGAUGACGAGGAUGAAGAAGACGAUGAUGAAGUAGAAUCACAGUCAGUGAAAUCUUCUUCAUCGUCUCAGACCAUGGAAUCAUUGAAUUUGAGAGAAAGACAGGAUGCUAUCAACUCAACUCAUCCGUUUGGUAUUAAGAUCUGGAAACCCUCCUUGUAUAAGAAAAAGAGAUCUGUUGCCACGCGAGCCGAAGAAGAUAUCCACGAGUUCAAUCAGCAUAAGCCCACCAUAAACUUGGGGGUUCAUUUGUCGAACUUCUUGUGGACAAUUACUUUGGGACUAUUCUUAUAUUUCGUGUGCACCUUUUUCUCGGUAGUGUUAUUCUUUGUAUCUGGCUUCGGUAUCCAGAAGAAUUCAAGGGUCUACAUCAAGUUAAUUUAUAAGGUUGGAAAGUUCUGGUUACAUCCUUUUGGCAAAUUUGUUUUGUUGAACAAGGAUGAGAACUAUUUGGAUGAAGAUGAUGUUUAUGGUUCCUCCAUUGGGGAGUUCCACAGAUGGAGACGUGAAGAAGAAGGCAGGCUCUUCUUUGCACCCCCACGUAGAAACACAAACUCCAACAAUGAGUCCCAGCCCUUGAUUAAAGAUCAUAAGGGUAGAGCUUUGAGAGAUUCUUAUUCUUUUCUUCAGGAUAAUCAUGGGGGUUCAAGUCAUGACAACGAUGAAGCUCACACCAGUGCAAUUGAAGAGGAUGAACAGGAUAACAGAAAUGAUAUCAAGGUUAGAUUCUUUGGUAGAGGUAGUUGGACAUUUCCCCGAGUAAUGUUCUACCUCUUAUUUUAUUGUUUUUUGCAACCAAUCUUUUACCUUGUAGGUAUUGUUUGUUGGUUAUUAGUGUUCACCAUCCCUAUGUGCAAUGUCACCAUGCUUUUAUGUACACACUUAAAGAGGCACCCAUUGGCCUUACACUUUGAAGACGAAAAGAAAUAUUACGCCGGUGCUGAUCAGAGGAAACGUGCUAACCAAUCGAUUCUUUUGUGUACCUACAGAUGCAGUGCCUUACAUUACUACAAAUACACUAUUGAUGGUACCAACGUGUUUUUCAUGAAUCUUUUGAUGACAGUGGUAUUUGUCAUUUUCGAUUUCUACGUGCUUAAAGAACGGUGGGAGCUUGAAUUGUUCAUCACAAAACCAGUAUUCUUAUUUUGUGCAUGUCUUUUCUCGACAAUCCCAUUAGCAUUUUACAUUGGUCAGGCUGUUGCUUCGAUAUCUGCACAGUCUUCCAUGGGAGUUGGUGCAGUGAUCAAUGCAUUCUUUUCUACUGUUGUAGAAAUCUUUCUUUACUGUGUGGCAUUAUCUCAAUCGAAAUCUAAGAUUGUUGAAGGUGGUAUGAUUGGGUCCAUUUUGGCAGGUGUAUUGUUGUUGCCAGGCAUGUCUAUGUGUGCGGGUGCUGUGAAACGGAAGACUCAAAGAUACAAUCCACGGUCUGCAGGUGUUUCUUCUACGAUGUUAUUGUUUGGAAUGGUGAUACUAUUUGCUCCAUCUUUAUUCUAUCAGAUUUAUGGCUCAUAUGAGAUAAGGUGUAAAAUUUGUGAAACAACCAUACUGGCUCCAUUUGAAGAUAAUUGCACAACAUGUAGGUUUAUUCAACCUGCUUUUGCUUUGGACACUUUGUACUACAAUAUCAUUAGACCAUUUUCUUUCACAGUGGCUGUUGCUUUACUUUUAGCUUACGCUUGUGGUUUACUUUUCACGUUGAGAACCCAUGCUUCUUUGAUUUGGGCCACCACUUCUAAUGAACAUAGUCCACAUAAAAAAGAUGAAGGUAUGUCUUUAAGGUCCCCAAGUCUUACAAGUAUUGAUAGCAAAAAGCUAAAGAUAUUGAGUCCUAUUUUACAAGCAUCCAAUGGGUCAUCUGUAGAUGCCAAAAGACCUGGUGGCUCAUCGGUUUCAACAGCAUUACCAUCACCUUCAAUAGAGGUUACCAAACAAAGAAAUCCAAAGAUUACCAUUCCCAUUAAGUCCAAACCAUUAACUUCGAAUGAUUUCAGACCCACCACUGAUGCGUUGCCAACAAGAGAUAGUCUUAAGGAUUUAAAAGAAGACGUUGAACAAGGUGGUGGUCAUGACGCGCCCAAUUGGUCUCGUUCUAAAUCCUCGAUCAUCUUGUUAUCGGCGACGAUUCUUUACGCAGUCAUAGCCGAGAUUUUGGUUGAUGUUGUAGAUGGAGUUCUUCAAGACUUUCCUAUCAACCCUAAGUUCUUGGGGUUGACAGUAUUUGCAUUAGUUCCGAAUACAACCGAAUUUUUGAAUGCCAUCUCGUUUGCUUUAGGAGGAAACGUUGCUUUAUCGAUGGAGAUUGGUAGUGCCUAUGCUUUACAAGUGGUUUUGAUUCAGGUUCCAGUGUUAGCAAUUUACUCCAUGUACCGGGAUUUUGGAGAUCCGUUACAAACCUUUUCUUUGGUAUUCCCCAGAUGGGAUAUCAUAGCCACAUUGAUAUCCAUUUAUUUAUUCACCUAUAUCUAUGCUGAAGGCAAAUCCAACUACUUUAAAGGAGUGAUAUUGAUGUUAAUUUACUCGGUGAUGUUGGUAGGAUUUUAUUUAAAUGAUUUCUUGGAGUCAUUGGACGAUGGUUACAACCAACCUAUCACUUCCCCAAGCUCAUUCUAGUGAACAUUGUGUUCCAAAAUCAAAAUACAGUCUUGGCAUUAUUAUAUACUAUAUGAAAGUUAAUCUAGUAAACACUAUAAACUCUGCCUUCAUAUGGUUCCAACUGUUGGGAAACUUUAGUAUAAUUGCUGUGUAAGAGCUUGAGAUCUCCUUUGACCAAAGGCUCAAAGUCAAUUUCUUUAUCAGUAAAGUUCAACACCACCAAGACAGUUUUAUCAUCUGAUUUUUUCAAGAACGAAAAGGUCUUCUGGUUGUCGAAAUCCAAGAUUUCAAGAUCUCCAUACACGAACAAGUCCUUAUGUUGCUUUCUAAGAGAAAGACACAGUUUCCAGAAAUUAUAAAGCGAAUGAGGAUCAUUGUACUGAGACUCGGCAUUGAUAUCGGGAUAAUUGUCAUUAACUCUCAUCCAAGGCUUUCCCGUUGAAAACCCUGCAUGAGCAGAAGCAUCCCACUGAACCGGAGUUCUGGCAUUGUCUCUUGCUACAAGAUUGAGUACCUUCAUAAACUGGGCUAUUCUCUCAUCACUGGCACCUUCUUGAAGCAACUCAUUAUAAUAGUUCAUGGAGUUGAUAUCUUUGUAUUCCUCGAUGGGCCAUUCUUUAGGCACAUUGGUCAUUCCAAUUUCCUGUCCCUGGUAAAGGAAGAGUGUUCCACUAAGAGAACUCAUUAACAAUGCUAGCAACUUGCCUGACUGUACUCUCCAUUUAGGAUCAUCGUUACCAAAUCUGGUUACAGACCUUGGCUGAUCAUGGUUCUCAUUAAACACAGUUGUCCAGCCCUCGGUCCCAAUGAACUCUGCUUGGUUAGUCACAGCCGUCUUGAGAUCUGGCAAAUUGUAUCCAUUGUAGAUGAACCGGUCACGAGGAUCAGAUCCUAGUUCCACCAUAUCAAAUAAGAAUAACAUGUUCAUUUCACCUCUACCAGCACCCACGUACUUAAGAACCUCAUCGUGAGAAGAGUGUCCCACUUCACCUACAGUCAUUGCAUCAUACUUGGAAGUUACCCUCUUAAACAUUUCCUGAUGGAACUCAUGGAUUCUUGGGCCAUUCUGGUGGUAUAAUUUGCACGGCUGGAACUCUCUGUCUGGGAAUACAAUAGGUGCAUCCAAGAACCUCUGAUCCUUGGAGUACAUACCCGCAGUAUCAAUUCUAAACCCAUCAAUGCCUUUAUCGAACCAGAAAGAAAGGGCAGACUUGUAGAGAGCAUUUCUGGUGU